UCUUUUCCAGCUGUGGUUUUAAAGAAAAAAAAAAACAAAAAAACAAAACAAAAGCAAACAAAACAGAGACCCUUCAUUGAUCUAUUCUCUACACGUUUUCUUCGCUGCUCAGAUCUCUGAGUUUCCAAUCUCCAUUUCCCAUUUCCAGUUCCAAAUUCACAUUCUCUCUCUUCCCUCUUGUGGGUUUCUGUUCUUACUUCGUCUUCAUGGCCAAUUCCGAGGAAUCCAACCCACUCCUGAUGAAGGAACCCAAGGUAGACGACGACAAGAAAGCCGCCGAUCCAACCACCGCUGUUCAGCCGUCUGUGGCGGAGAAAUCAUCGCCUCCGCCGCCUUCCGGCGUUCCCUUUUGGUGGACCGCCGAUGGGUUGCCCUUAGGGCAGGGGAGCGUGGUGGGCGAGCCGCUGCGUCGGUCGCAGUGGGACUCGAGCCUCUUCGCUUGUCUUGGCCGCAACGAUGAGUUCUGUAGCAGUGAUCUUGAAGUUUGUCUCCUUGGAAGUAUGGCCCCCUGUGUUUUGUAUGGAACUAAUGCUGAGAGACUCGGAUCUCGGCCUGGGAAUUUCAUGAAUCACUGCUUACCUUAUUCUGGUCUAUACCUGAUUGGCAAUUCUUUUUUCGGCUGGAACUUCCUCGCACCAUGGUUCUCACAUCCUAGUCGUACAGCUAUCCGCCGGAAGUUCAACCUAGAGGGUAGUUGUGAGGCACUUACAAGAUCAUGUGGGUGCUGUGGAAGCUUUGUGGAGGAUGAGGCGCAACGUGAGCAAUGCGAGUCAGCUUGCGACUUUGCAACGCAUAUCUUCUGCCAUACAUGUGCCCUUUGCCAGGAAGGUCGCGAGCUCCGUCGUAGGCUUCCUCAUCCAGGGUUUAAAGCCCAACCUGUCCUGGUUAUGACAGCUCCUGGAGAUCAGACCAUGGGUCGUGAUAAGGCCUAGGAGUACAAAUUAGUCUACCUAUACUAUUAUGGUACAUCUGUUUGAUAUGUAAUUUUGAAACUGUCCUUGAAGUUUCUGAACCGUGCUUGAAUGUCUGCCACUCGCUUGCUACUCAUACUUCUAAAUAAGUUACUCUGAAAAUGUAGCCACUGUCUCUGCUAUGUUUAUAAUGCACAUUGUAUUUGGAGAUUUGUUAUUUGUAUUUUGUAAUGAAGCCUGGAUUGCAAGAUAAAUCUGGUUACUUUAUUAUCA